AGUCAGAGCGCAGUAAUGGCGGAGGGGGGAGGAGGAGGUGAAACGAGCCCAGUAGCGCCGGACCGAAACGCACGGACACCGUCACCCCGGCCUACACCGGAGCAGUCGGACAGGCCGGACCCAGAGACACAGAAAGCAGUUUUGGGAGAGUUGUUGAAAACGCAGCUGAAAAAGGGGGAUGAGUGGUAUCUUGUCGACAGCCGGUGGUUCAAGCAGUGGAAGAAGUAUGUUGGUUUCGACUCGUGGGAUAUGUACAAUGUGGGGGAGAGCAGUCUCUUCCCAGGGCCUGUUGAUAGUUCAGGCCUUUUUGCAGAUCCAGACACUCAGGUUUUAAAGGAACACCUUAUUGAUGAGCUGGACUAUGUUCUGGUGCCCACAGAAGCCUGGGACAAGCUGAUGAGCUGGUAUGGGAGCGUGGAAGGUCAGAAUCCCAUACUUAGAAAGGUGGUGGAACAUGGGCUGUUUGUCAAGCAUUGUAAGGUAGAGGUAUACCUUAUUGAGCUGAAGCUGUGCGAAGACGGCGACCCUGAAAAUGUGAUAACAAGACACUUCAGCAAAGCAGAUACCAUAGAAACGAUAGAAAAGGAGAUGCGCACCCUCUUUAAUAUUCCUGCGGAGAAGGAGACCAGGUAAUGGAACAGAUACAUGACAAACACAUACGAGCAGCUCACCAAAAUGGAUAACACUGUACAAGAUGCUGGACUGUAUCAGGGCCAGAUGAUAGUAAUAGAACAAAAGAAUGCAGAUGGUACAUGGCCAAGGCCACUCCAGACGAAAACAAAUGCUGCAGCAAGUAGAAAUUUUACUGUUGUUGGAAAAGCCUCAGCAAGCAGCUGUUCUUCCUUAUCACCCUCCUCCUCCUCUUCUACUGUCACAAAUGGAGACAGCAACAGUACAUACACACUGAACAACAGCUCGUUCACGAGCAAAGGAAGUUACGGGUCAUAUAAUUCAUACAAUUACAAGGAGCCUCAGACCCUUCCAGGUCUCUGUGGACUCAGCAAUCUUGGGAACACUUGCUUCAUGAAUUCAGCACUGCAGUGUCUUAGUAACACCCCACCACUGACAGAAUAUUUUCUGAUGGAUGAAUAUGAAAAGGAGAUUAACAGAGACAAUCCACUUGGAAUGAAGGGAGAAAUUGCGGAAGCCUAUGCAGAGUUGAUUCAACAGAUUUGGUCAGGGUCACACAAUUAUGUGGCCCCACGGAUGUUUAAAACCCAGGUUGGCCGCUUCGCUCCCCAGUUUUCUGGCUACCAACAGCAGGAUUCUCAGGAACUGCUUGCUUUUCUCCUGGAUGGCCUGCAUGAAGAUCUAAACAGAGUAAAAAAGAAGCCAUACUUGGAGCUUAAAGAUGCCAAUGGCCGUCCUGACUCGGUAGUGGCCAAAGAAGCAUGGAAUAAUCACUUACUGAGGAAUAACUCCAUUAUCGUAGACAUUUUUCACGGCCUCUUCAAGUCUACGCUGGUGUGUCCAGAAUGUUUUAAAGUCUCUGUGACCUUUGACCCUUGUUAUCUCACCCUUCCCCUGCCCAUGAAAAAAGAUCGUACAAUGGAGGUGUUUCUGGUUCGGGGUGAUCCUCUGUGCAAGCCUAUCCAGUACCGGCUGAUUGUACCAAAAAUGGGAGCCGUAUCGGACCUAUGUUCAGCGCUGUCCAAACUAUCGGGAGUGCCUGCUGAAAACAUGGUAGUGACAGAUGUCUACAAUCAUCGUUUUCACAAAAUCUUCGAAAUGGAUGAAAUGCUGAGCCACAUCAUGGAAAGAGAUGAUCUGUUUGUAUAUGAAGUGAAAACUUCCCGGUCCGAAGACUCAGAAUGGAUCACAUUGCCCAUCUGUUUCCGAGAGCGGCGAUUUCGGCAAGCAACCUCGGCUGGUACAAUCCUGUUUGGGCAACCCCUAUUGGUCUCUGUACCAAAACGUAAUGUCACAGCUGAAAUUCUGUACAACAUUGUGCUGGAGAGAAUCCAGCGCUAUAUAAAGAUGCCGCUCCCAGGGGAGUAUACGUAUUUAGGUGCUGAAGACCAAGUCUGCAAUGGGUCAAAUGGGAUAUAUGAAGAUGAGGAGAUGGAUCAUCAAGAGGAAGAAACCCAGGAUGAUUCCCCAGAAGAAUCCAAUGGUCAGUCCGAGGACAGUGUAGAAGAUGAGAGCUCCGAAGGUGCAGCCCCUGCAAUAAAAUCAAAGAAAGCCCAAGAUUACCGCAAGAGACUGUUCAGCUUCAGCUUGGUGAACUCCUAUGCCACUUCAGAUGUGGGCUCUAUGCCUGCGGAGGGAUCCUUCCUGAAACUCACCUCCUAUUCUACAAUUGCGAUUGAUUGAGAUUCUGAAACAAAGACAUUGUAUUAUGACGAUCAAGAAGCAGAGGCCUUUGAGAAAAAUGAAUCAAUGCUUCAGACACAGAAGAAGAAGAUAACAGUAGCCCUGACGGAUUGUAUACAGCUGUUUACAAAGACAGAAACUCUUGGGGAGCAUGAUCCUUGGUAUUGCCCAAAUUGCAGGAAGCAUCAACGGGCCACCAAAAAGUUUGAUUUGUGGUCUCUUCCUAAAAUCUUAGUGGUCCAUUUAAAGCGCUUUUCAUACAAUCGCUACUGGAGAGACAAGCUAGAUGCUGUGGUUGAGUUCCCUAUAAGGAACCUAAAUAUGUCGGAGUUCGCCUGUGAUCCAACUGCAAGUCCAUACGUAUACGAUCUUGUCGCUGUUUCAAACCACUAUGGUGGUAUGGGCGGAGGACAUUAUACAGCGUAUGCAAAGAACCGAGCAAAUGGAAAGUGGUAUUAUUUUGAUGACAGCAGUGUUUCCCCUGCUUCUGAAGAUCAAAUUGUGACAAAAGCUGCCUACGUUCUAUUCUACCAGCGACGAGAUAGUGAUAGCACUAAAACCUCUUCUACGGAUGGCCUAAAUAUUUCCACAAAUGAUGACUCUGAGGGCCAAGAAGGGCAGAUGGACACAGACUAGUGAUCCUGACCUUUUGCCAUGCAGUAAACUAGCUGCACUCCACCAGACACUUUAAUCCUUUCAAGUGAUGCGUGGGAUACCUGAAUCAAAUCUCCGUCUUUAAGCUCCAAGAUGUACAUACUGCCCUAAAAACUAUAUCUAGCUCAAACCGCAGAGGAGACCGACUUACUAUGGAUUAUUAUUUCUGGAAGCAAAAGGGGGAAAAUUAAUUUACAAAA